UCUUUGGUUACGUCAAGCCGUUGCUUUCCCAGACAAGCUAAGGUCGCUACAACAGUUCGCUGCAGACAUGAUGGCUCUCGCUGCCCGGUCAGGGGCUUUUUCCCCUUAUAUGCAGGCUACAUCUGUUGCUGUCGCUGGUCCCCUGAAAGCACUGGUACCCGGCGUUGUUGUGAAAGGAGAGAAGAUGUUGUUGAACCCAAAAAAAACGUUCCUGUGCCGUGAAUCGCUCAGCGGUCAAAGCCCAAAGACGGGGCCUGCUGUGACAGUUAGCAUUAAUGGCUGUGCAGCGGUGCGUUACGCCCACACAGAUGUGCGGGUGCCAGACUUCUCUGACUACAGGCGCCCUGAGGUGCAGGAUCCCAGCAUGUCGUCCCAGGACAGCAGCGAGGGGAGGAGGACCUUCUCCUACCUGGUGACGGGUGCCACCACCGUAGUGGGCGUCUACGCAGCCAAGACGGUUGUCUCUCAGUUUGUAUCUUCCAUGAGCGCGUCAGCGGACGUCCUGGCCCUUUCCAAGAUUGAGAUCAAGCUGAGCGACAUCCCUGAAGGGAAGAACAUGACCUUCAAGUGGAGAGGCAAGCCGCUGUUUGUGCGUCACCGCACGGAGAAGGAGAUUGCCACGGAAGCAGGGGUCAACCUAGCGGAGCUGCGGGACCCGCAGCACGACAAGGAGCGCGUGCAGAACCCCAGCUGGGUCAUCGUGCUGGGUGUGUGCACACAUCUGGGCUGUGUGCCCAUUGCCAAUGCUGGCGAUUUUGGAGGCUACUACUGCCCUUGCCACGGCUCGCACUACGACGCCUCGGGCCGCAUCAGGAAAGGCCCUGCUCCCCUCAACCUGGAAGUUCCCUUCUACGAGUUUCCUGACGAAAACACGGUGGUUGUUGGAUAGAGAAUGUGAUAAACAGCAGGUGUUACAGUGUUCACGUGUCAGUGCUGCUUUCAGCUGCAGGGGGAAACUUUGUCUAAGUAUCACGUUUCCCAAACUGUUCUCUCAGACAGUCCUCUUUAACAGUCGUCUCUAUCUGCUAGAAUUCUUAGAAGGUAAUCUCUUUAACACAAGGACAGUAAAGCAUUUGGAAUGAAUAGGUGAACACUUGGGCUGGGUAACAAAUUCAGUAGUUUUUUGACAACAACCAAAUUGUGUCUACAGCAUUGAGUAUGGAAAAAUGCCUCGUGAUUCAAUACAUAAUUUCAGUACCUAAGAAGUAAAUCUCAGAGUCAGUGAGCCAAUCAGCAUGCAGCAUACUUCUACCAAGAUAUAGUAAUGUCUGUGAUUGGCUGUUUAAUAUUGCACAUCGUAGAGACAUGCAGAAAAAUCUCCACGUUGCACAGAGAAAGCUCUCGUAGUCGGAGCUGAAACACGAGAUUUGGGCUGUUAUGUUGUCAUUUAUUUUGUUUUAUAAAAUUUGUAUUGGGGGAAAAAAAAAUAUUGUUUAAGAAACGGUAUAAAAGUCACAUUAUUGGUACCGAAAUGUUUGGAAGGAUACCCAGCCCUAGUGAACACCAGGCAGAGUCCAUCCUCUCUGGUUCCCUUGUGUACAAUAUCUUGUGAACGUAACCUAAAUACACCUGCUUAUCAUAUUAAGUUAUAGUCUAUCUAACCAGUCCAGAACAAAUGGUGUUCCCCUCGCUUAAUAAAGAUUUGUAUUUUAUUUGAAAACGUG